UGUCAGUCUGUCAAAGCCCACAUUUAAACAGCUGCCUCUCCUGAGCAGACAAGGCAGUGUGCAUUGCAUUCUGUGGACCCAACACCAGAAAGCUAGUUCUAAAACAAACCGUUAGAUUUUUUUGUUACCCUCAUUCCUGCAGGACCCUGCCUAGCAACAUGACGACGGAUGUAAGCUCCGGCUAUUCAAUGCAAUUCUGCUGGACUGGUGCAUUCUCACCGCUUGCCUGAGAUUGCAGUUGAAUAUUAAAAGCAGAGUAGGAGGAGGAAUGGAUACCGAACAGACAGAGCAAAUCUCUGUUGUUAUUUGACAGAAGGAAGGAGGAGGAAGAGAAUUGUUUUCUCAAUGCAGCUCCUGUGUAUUGAGAUUAAAAUCAUCUUGUAUUCAUUUUCUUUUAAAAUACAGAUACAAAUAAAUAAAUAAAAAAUCUUGGGCUAUUGAAGCAGAAUUAAAUGAUGACCAUAGUCUGACAACGACAGAUGGACAGACUGGAUGCCAAGUGUAGAAAGGAACACAGCAAUGUGUGCAUGAUUGGAGAAUAGCAGCCUUUAAAAGUAUUUAUUUGCUGGAGUGGUGGUUUGCAGAAACUGCGCGUGCAGAUGGCAAAAAACGUGAAUCUACAUUAGGAGGCUUCUACAGGAAGAGGAAUCAGCACACCCGAUAACAUGGACAUGGAGUUCCAAGGGAAGCUUGUUUAAAUACUGUAGUUCUUUAUUUUUGAUCUGUUCUAAAAGCUGCCAAGGUAUCCAUAAAAAAGAAAUAAUAAUAAUUACUAGACCACCGAAAUGGAAACACCCCACUGAUUCUUUUGAGAACUGUUGCAACGUUUACAAAAGCGGUGAAACUUUUUUAAAUGUGAAAACCUAAACAAAACUUCAGAGAAUUUGACAUCUGCAUCAUGCAGUGGAGAAGGCGCCACUGCUGCCGAUUAAAGAUGACCUGGAAUGCCAAGCGGUCACUUUUUCGAACACACAUCAUUGGCCUACUUUCUCUAGUUUUCCUUUUUGCCAUUUUCCUGUUAUUUAACCACCAGGACUGGCUGCCUGGCAGGGCUGGAUUGAGAGAGAACCCUGUAGCCUAUACUGUGCGGGGUUUCCGUUCAACCAAAAAUGAAACCAAUCAGAGUUCACUGAGGAGCAUUUGGAAGGAAGCUCUUCCUGCAGUACCCAAGACACAGGCUGCUCUCAAUUCCAGCCAUCUCGAGCUGUCCUUGCAAGGGGUGACUGGACUGGAGAACACCUUGAGCGCCAACAACAGCUUGUACAGCGACAAAGGGACAGGAGGCAAUGGCAGCCCUCAGCCCUACCGAUACAUCAUCAAUCAGCCAGACAAAUGCCAGGGCAACAGUCCCUUCUUGAUACUUUUGAUAUCAGCUGAACCGAAACAAGUAGAAGCCAGGAAUGCCAUUAGGCAGACCUGGGGAAAUGUCAGCUUAACUCCAGGAAUACGAACUGUACGACUUUUUCUGCUAGGAAUAGCAAAAGACCAAAACAGCUACCUUCAGCGCUCCAUAUUAGAGGAGAGUAGGCACCACAAUGACAUCAUUCAACAGGAGUACUUGGACACUUAUUACAACCUUACCAUCAAAACACUUAUGGGAAUGAACUGGGUGGCCACAUACUGCCCAUAUGCUCACUACGUUAUGAAGACAGACAGCGAUAUGUUUGUGAACACAGAAUACUUGGUUCAGAAACUGUUGAGGCCAGAUCUUCUCCCCAGACGCAACUAUUUCACUGGUUAUUUGAUGAGGGGAUAUGCCCCGAAUCGGAAUAAGGAUAGCAAAUGGCACAUGCCGCCUGAACUCUACCCCAGUGAGCGUUACCCAGUCUUCUGCUCUGGGACAGGAUAUGUCUUCUCAGGGGACCUGGCAGAGAAGAUCUAUAAAGUUUCUUUAAGCAUCCGACGCUUGCACCUGGAGGAUGUGUAUGUGGGGAUCUGCCUAGCCAAACUGCGCAUUGACCCAGUGCCCCCACCCAAUGAGUUUGUCUUCAAUCACUGGAGGGUCUCCUAUUCAAGUUGUAAAUACAGUCACCUUAUUACCUCCCAUCAGUUCCAGCCCAAUGAUCUUAUCAAAUACUGGAACCACCUACAAUAUAAUAAGCACAAUGCUUGCAUCAACACAGCCAAGGAAAAAGGAGGCCGGUAUCGACACAGGAAACUGCACUGGAGAAGGCGUCACUGAUGAACUGGGAUGAAAAAUGUAAAUAGGGUGAAAAAAGCAGCAUGUACAGUGGGCAAUUAUGAACGAGCAACUGCUCAGUGCUUUUAGCACCAUCGUCAAUCAUAACUUAAAAUUAUUUUUUUAAGUUUCAAAGAAAUGUCAUGUACUGUAAGUAAAACAAUGUGGGGUAGCAUAUAGAAGUUGCAGUAUAAUGGAAAGCCUAUUAGUGUUAACUAUGUGCAAUACUGAGCAUGCACAAAUCAGUGGUAAAGUUGAUGCUUCAGGUGCCAAUAAAAAAAAGUAAACAAAACAAAGAAAAUGCUGACACUUUUUCAAAAGCUUGCUAGUGCACUAUGCAAAGUUUUGUUUGCACUGUUUCUAUGUCAUUUUAAAAAAGCGUACCUAAUGAAGAGGAACACUAUACAAAAAGGAACAUUACACAAGCUUUAAAAAAAUAAACCUGAAAUCUGCUACAUGAUAUGAUUAGGGUAGAAAAGGCGUUCUUUGAGUAACAUUUCUUGUCACAAUCAAUGAUUAUUAUUUUGUGAAUCCUACUUUACUUUUUUAGAUAAACUGCUC